AUGCCGGGUCCUCGAAACGCGAAGAAGAAAAAACAAACAAGAGAUAAGAAAAUUUCUAGGAGAAAGGCGAGCCGCCAAUUAACCACCGAGCCUGCUCCACGACCGCUGGCGCCCCAGACGCCCCAAACACCUCAACCACGACUUAAAGCAUCGGAUGAUAUCCAUAUUAACCACCACGACCACGAAAAAGAGGAGAGACCAAUUAACCACAAGGAUGAUGCACCCACACCUCACGCGUUGACGAAGACACUUUUCAUCCACGACCCUGGCAACGGCCCGCGGGUGCGGGACGUCGACGCAUUCCUCGCGUCCUCGUUCGCUGCGCCACCAUCAUUCGAUGACCCCCUCUGCGCCGAGUUCGCACAGGACGAAGUGCUCGAAAUGCUCUGUGCCGUCCUGCCAGAGGAGACAGCCCAGAUCCUAUGGUACAACAAAAGCCGUACAACGGCGCGGAUAUGUCCCGCAUGCCAGCGCCUGUACCGCCUGGGUGACAUCCUCCCGGACCCCGUCGCCGCGCAGGGAGAGCCAGACCCCGCAUCGACAUACAUUUCCCCGCUACUCAGCCGCGAGCAAGCGCUGAGCGGGCUCUGUUCACCAGUUUGCUUCGUCCUCGCGGCGUACAGCUAUCCGGGCGCGAUCCGCUCCACGUGGGGCCGCACGGCGGACGAGCUCAACGACGCGACAUGGGACACGCUCGGCGGGCCCGGCGUUCGCGCGGACGAGGACGACAUGGGCCUCGGCAUGCUCCUCAAGAUGACGCGCUGCCACGAUUUGGGGCUGGCACAGCUGCUCUUCCCUGACCUCGACACGGACUGCGGUGAUACGGACGAGUUGGAUCACGGCCAGGGUCAGGGCCAAGGGGGGCUGCGUAUGGGGCUGGAGCGGAUGCGGGUGGGUCCGUGA